GCGUGUGUGUGACGAUGUGUAACGUCUUCUUCGUUACGCGACGUGAUGAUUGUCCAAGCUUGAACGGAUAGCAUUAUAAUCCUGAUUAUCCACUACGUGCUCACCGGCCCUAGGCGGAAAAAAAAUUCCUCUUCGUCCUCCGGGCAUAUGGGCUCCAUUGAGAACCUCCGCAUGAAGAUAGGGCUUGGAUUCAGAAUGAACUCUAUGACGUAGUACCUGACCAGAGCGCAAGGUCAGGUGACUGAACUUGGUGUGGAAGCUUUCGACUGGCCCAUCAUGUCCGCCUCAAGACUGUCUCGUCUCUCUCCUAUUUGCCAGCGCAACUCGCUCGCCCGACACUUCAUGGCGUCCUCUAGAAACUUGCUGUCUGCUCCUGCGCUCUCCACGAGAUCACUACACACGACCACGCGUCGCCGCAAUCCGGGCGAAGCCCACUUCGGCCUGACCAACAUCCUCGCGUCCGACGCGCCUCCACCCGUGCAAGUAUCCGCGGUCUCCGAAGAGGGGAUCAUGCUCGAAGAUGGCCUGCUGUUGACCGGCGCGACGAUCUUCCUCGACGGCAAAGUCUUCCUGUGGGACGUGCCCGAACGGGUGACGGAUUGGAAGCGCGAGCAUCUGGCCAUGUUUGAGGUGUGCGUGCCGAAACCUGGGACUGGUAACGACCUCGCCCAUCCACCGCCCUCCGUCAAGUCGUACCUCACGGACCUGGGGAUCCAGGUGGAUGUCAUGAGCACCCGCAAUGCAUGUUCAACCUACAAUCUGUUAUCGGAAGAAGGCCGACGUGUUGCCGCUGCAAUGUCACCCCUGGUGUCCAAGCGAUGGGCGAGGCCUUCUGCCAGCCAGUAGCGUGGAACCUGACCCAACAUCUGUGAAGAUGUCCAUGUAAAAAGACUUCGAUGCUCAAGGCAUCCAUUACGCGUAAUUCAUCCCCAUUAUGUGAACAGUAAUCUGCUCUAAAAUCUAGGCGGCGUUGGGGAUAGCCCCAACGACCCAUUCCACCAGUUUCAUCACAAUUUCUCCUUUGGCGCGCCCGGUCUCCAGUACUUCUUCAUGAGACACCACAGCCUCUACCGGGGCCACCGUGGGCGAGCCCGCAAGCUGGUGCCAAGUAUCAGAAAUUGCGGCGAACACGAUCGAGGCAACGCACCUCAGCAGCAACCUCAGCCUUGAUGCUGCGGUACCCCUGUGGGAUGACCACCGCGUUCGUGACCAGGCUAAGUGCCAGGACGCUGAUACCGGCUUCGCGCGCAGCGAGCACCUCCGGGACCGUGCUCAUCCCGACGACAUCGGCCCCGACCAGCCGCAGGAACCGGCCCUCCGCCGGGGUCUCGUACGUCGGCCCGCUGACCCAGGCGUAGGUCCCCUCCGCGAGCGCGGAUGCCUCGAGCUUCAGCUCGUGUGCGGCGAGGAAAAGCAGCCGCCGCAGGCGCGGCGAGUAUGCAUCGGACAGGGGGAGGAAGCGCGGCACGCUGGGGGAGGAGGGCGGGCCGAGAAGGGGGUUCAUACCUGACAGAUUGGGGAUAGCCAGGUGAUCGUGCAGCACGACGACUAGAAGCAAUUCAGAGUCGUACGAGGAACCGGGGAUUUUUUCGGCGACGCACUGGUGCCCACUGUAAGAUUGGGGUUCAAUCCUCCUGCAGCAUUGGUAACUGUGCAAAAAAAAUCAGCAGAGGGGAGGGUUUGCGCCGGGCAAGUCGGGCACCAAUUAACUCCUUGAUUCCCAGUCGGGCCAUCAAGCGAAUGGGGUAGACGACUGUACGCAUGUCGUGUCCUUCGUACGGAUGGAACUGGGAAGUUGGGUAUAUGAGCUUCCGGCGCAUCUUGAGAGAGUCAGACACACUCUGCCCAGCAUCGCUAUCACAGGCACGCAGCCCUCCUUCGGACCCAUAAAACCGAAGGCGAGCGAGCUCUUGUGCCCGGGGACUGGCAAUCACGUCGUUUACAUUUUUUGUGGGAAUGAGACAUAGACCGGACGCACCUGUGCUCUCUGCGAAUCCGGGCACCACAUCGUACGGCACGAGGACCAGGUCCCUGAUGCUCUCCGCGAUCCCCGCAAGACCCGAGCCGCAGACGAUCCCGACUCGCGGUGUGUGCAGGCUCUCCGGAACCAGCGCCUUAAUCGCGGCGACGGCGGCGUCGUACGGGAGUUCGUCACACAUUAAAGAGUUUAAGAAUAAGUUCUCGAUCGAGGGGCGCACGACCAAGGUGGACGGAGAAAGCGGGUAGACUGCAUUUGUCCAAGUACGCGAUUGAUCUGAUCAAAUCAUAAUCGAUUGGAUAUCUUGGCAUUGGCAGUCGCAUACAAACGGCAUUCCCACAGGAAAUCAACCCUGGCUGGUAUGGAUUGUUGAUCUCUCAGGUGAAUAUAUCGAGGGGUACGUGCAACAGGACGACUUUCAUCUGCAAAUGCACAGCAGGAGAUGUACGUUACCUUGCCGCACACUGCUCUCCCCUGAGUUGAUCGUGAAAUGCAAUAGAUGAUAGCCCUGGAGCGGGCACUUGCACUGGUAGGAGCAGCCCUCACUCAGGGAUUUUCGCAAGUUGUGUGAACCCUGCAGCGGCUGUAUGCAUCUAUUUGCAGCAGACCGGACAAUCAUCGGACGCGGUCGGGCUCGACAUUUGGAGAAGGGAACUUAUGAGCUACCGGCGCCCUUUUCUGUGCCUAGACCAUAGGCCCUAAUGAUAUCGGAAGUAUCGAG